AUGAGUAAAGUUAUUAAACCACCUUCUAAAGCAAGGACUGCUCAUUUCCGCACUCUGGAAAGAGAGUCGCGUUUCAUUAAUCCACCAAAGGAUAAAUCUGCAUUCCCAUUACUACAAGAAGCUGUCGAACCUCAUAUCGGUUCAUUUAAUGCAUUGACAGAAGGCCCUGAUGGUGGUCUAUUAAAUCAAGGUGUCAAAGAUAUAGGAGAAAAGGUCAUUUUUGAUGGUAGAUCUUUAGACAAUAAUGACAUUGACACCAUUAAGGAAGCAUAUUUAGGUAAUAAGCUUUCCCUUAGUGUAGAACAAGUUUCCAUCGCCAAACCUAUGUCCAAUGACGGUGUCUCCUCUGGUGUCGAAAGAAAAGUCUUCCCAAGUGAAACUAGACAAAGAUUGAGUUCAUACAAGGGUAAAUUGAUGUUGAAGUUGAAGUGGUCAGUUAAUAAUGGAGAAGAAGUGUAUAGUGAAGUUAGAGAUUGUGGUGGGUUACCAAUUAUGUUGCAAAGUAACAGAUGCCAUUUGAAUAAAUUAUCUCCUUACGAUUUGGUUCAACAUAAAGAAGAAUCUGAUGAAAUGGGUGGUUACUUCAUUAUCAAUGGUAUUGAAAAAUUGAUCAGAAUGUUGAUUGUACAACGUAGAAAUCAUCCAAUGGCUAUCAUUAGGCCUUCGUUUGCCAACAGAGGUGCUUCUUAUUCCCAAUAUGGUAUUCAAUUGAGAUCAGUUAGACCAGACCAAACCUCUCAAACCAAUGUUUUACAUUACUUGAACGACGGUCAGGUUACAUUUAGAUUUUCUUGGAGAAAGAACGAAUAUCUAGUUCCAGUGGUUAUGAUUCUUAAGGCCCUAUGUGAUACCAGUGAUAGAGAAAUAUUCGACGGUAUUAUUGGUUCGGAUUUGAAAGAUUCUUUCUUAACUGAUCGUUUAGAAUUGUUAUUACGUGGUUUCAAAAAAAGAUAUCCAACUUUACAGAACCGUACCCAGGUUUUGCAAUAUUUAGGUGAUAAAUUCCGUGUAGCUUUCCAAGCUUCUCCCGAUAAAUCAGAUUAUGAAGUUGGUCAAGAAUUAAUAGAUCGUAUUGUAUUGGUUCAUUUGGGUAAGGGUAACAACCAAGAUAAGUUCAAUAUGUUACUAUUUAUGAUCAGAAAACUAUAUUCCUUAGUUGCUGGAGAAUGUUCUCCUGAUAAUCCAGAUGCCACACAACAUCAAGAAGUCUUACUAGGUGGGUUCUUAUACGGUAUGAUCAUUAAAGAAAAAAUUGAUGAAUAUCUACAAAAUAUUGUAGCUCAAAUAAGGACUGACAGUAACCGUGGUUUAGCAAUCAAUUUCAAGGACCGUAAAUAUAUGGCUAGAGUCUUAAUGAGAGUAAAUGACAAUAUCGGUUCGAAACUUCAAUAUUUCUUAUCUACAGGUAACUUAGUUUCACAAUCCGGUUUGGAUUUGCAACAAGUCUCAGGUUAUACAGUCGUUGCUGAAAAAAUUAACUUUUACCGUUUCAUUUCUCAUUUUAGAAUGGUUCAUAGAGGUUCUUUCUUUGCUCAACUGAAGACUACUACAGUUAGAAAAUUAUUACCAGAAUCUUGGGGGUUCCUUUGUCCUGUUCAUACGCCGGAUGGGUCUCCAUGUGGUUUGUUAAAUCAUUUUGCCCACAAAUGUAAAAUAUCUACUCAACAAUCCGAUGUCUCACAAGUUCCUGCGUUAUUAUAUUCUUUAGGUGUUUCUCCUGUUUCUCAUAUUUUUGCUGCUGGUCCAUCUUUAUGUUGUGUUCAAAUCGAUGGUAAAAUUAUUGGUUGGGUCUCUCACGAACAAGGUAAAAUCAUCGCAGAUACAUUAAGAUUCUGGAAAGUUGAAGGUAAAGUUCCAGGCCUGCCACUUGAUUUAGAAAUCGGUUAUGUUCCCCCAUCCAACAGUGGUCAAUACCCAGGUUUGUAUAUUUUCGGUGGACAUUCUAGAAUGAUGCGUCCAGUAAAAUAUUUACCAUUAGACAAGGAGGAUAUCGUUGGUCCAUUUGAACAGGUCUAUAUGAAUAUAGCAGUUACUCCUCAAGAAAUUGAAAAUAAUACCCAUACUCAUGUAGAAUUCACACCAACGAAUAUCUUAUCUAUCUUAGCUAAUUUGACACCAUUUUCUGAUUUCAACCAAUCUCCAAGAAAUAUGUAUCAAUGUCAAAUGGGUAAACAAACUAUGGGUACACCUGGUGUCGCAUUAUGCCAUAGAUCUGAUAAUAAAUUGUAUAGACUACAAUCUGGUCAAACGCCUAUUGUUAAAGCCAAUUUGUAUGAUGAUUAUGGUAUGGAUAAUUUCCCUAACGGUACCAAUGCUGUCGUCGCGGUUAUUUCCUACACUGGUUACGAUAUGGAUGAUGCGAUGAUUAUCAAUAAAUCUGCUGAUGAAAGAGGUUUCGGUUAUGGUACAAUGUAUAAAGUGGAAAAAGUCGAUUUAUCAUUGAAUAGAAGCCGUGGUGAUCCAAUCACUCAACAUUUUGGGUUUGGUAACGAUGAAUGGCCAAAAGAAUGGUUAGAUAAAUUAGAUGAUGAUGGGCUUCCAUAUAUUGGAACUUACGUCGAAGAAGGUGACCCAAUUUGUGCAUACUUUGAUGAUACAUUGAACAAGACCAAAAUUAAAACAUACCAUUCUUCAGAACCUGCUUACAUUGAAGAAGUUAACCUAAUUGGUGAUGAAUCAAACAAGUUCCAAGAAUUACAAACUGUGAGUAUCAAAUAUCGUAUUAGAAGAACACCACAAAUCGGUGAUAAGUUCUCCUCCAGACAUGGUCAAAAAGGUGUUUGCUCAAGAAAAUGGCCCACUAUUGAUAUGCCAUUUAGUGAAACAGGUAUCCAACCAGAUGUCAUUAUUAAUCCUCAUGCUUUCCCAUCUCGUAUGACCAUUGGUAUGUUUGUUGAAUCUCUUGCAGGUAAAUCAGGUGCUUUACAUGGUGUUGCUCAUGAUGCUACACCAUGGAUUUUCAAUGAAAACGAUACACCAGCUGAUUAUUUCGGUGAUCAAUUAUUGAAGGCAGGUUAUAAUUACCAUGGUAAUGAACCAAUGUAUUCCGGUGCUACUGGUGAAGAAUUGAGAGCUGAUAUAUAUAUUGGUGUUGUUUAUUAUCAAAGAUUACGUCAUAUGGUUAACGAUAAGUUCCAAGUUCGUUCCACAGGUCCAGUGAAUAGUUUGACUAUGCAACCAGUUAAGGGAAGAAAGAGACAUGGUGGUAUUCGUGUAGGUGAAAUGGAAAGAGAUGCUUUAAUUGGUCAUGGUACCUCCUUCCUGUUACAAGAUCGUCUGUUGAAUUGUUCUGAUUACACUCAAACAUCUGUAUGUCGUGAGUGUGGUUCGAUCUUGACAACCCAACAAAGUGUUCCAAGAAUAGGGUCAUUAUCUACUGUCUGUUGUCGUCGUUGUGCAAUUAAAUUCGAUAAGGCUAAGGCUCUUCUAGCAAGUCAAGAUGGCGAUGCUAAUGUAUUUAUUGAUGAUUCCCAAAUUUGGGAAGACGGUCAAGGCAAUAAAUUCGUCGGUGGUAACGACACUACAACGGUUGCUAUACCUUUCGUUCUGAAAUAUCUAGAUUCCGAAUUAACUGCUAUGGGUAUCAGAUUACGUUAUAAUGUGGAACCAAAAUAG